AUGGCAAUCGCAGAGUGGCGGCUAUCGUAUAUUGGAAAGUUACGAGAGACGAAGCCAAGAUCAGAAGCGGCAGAGGAUGGUGAUUCGGGUGGUCGACUGUCCACUUAUAUCAGGCCUUAUGACAAAUCUUCAGAUAUCACCAGCUUGUAUAGGCGGUUACUUCCAGCAUUGCUACCAAAUGAGUAUUCGUACAAGGACGACGGAGAUAGUACUUCUAGAACGAGUGGUGGUCUAUCCCGAAUCCACAAGUCAUUGCAACCUACCGGCCUUCAAGCUCGUCGUGAAAUCGCUCAGCGAUCAUGUAGAGUAUUCUGCGCUGUCCUACGCGUGGGGACAGGAUCUUUCCCUAAAACUAUAGUUAUUAACGGCACCCGAGUUGAAGUGCGAGCUAAUCUAGCAAAUGUCUUGGUGCACAUCUCUCCAGCCACUCCUUUCCUGUGGAUUGACGCUUUAUGCAUCAAUCAAGAUGAUGUAAUUGAGAGAAAUCACCAGGUCAUGCAAAUUGGAAGUAUCUAUAAACAGGUAAGAGAAGUCAUAGUAUGGCUAGGCGAUAAGACUGACCAAGGGUUUGGAAAUGACGCGGAGACUUUUAUACCCGAUAUUGGAUUUCAUUUCAUUAAAAGAUUGGCUGCAUUGCAGAAAGAUCUAGUGUGCAUAAGAUCUGGAGCAGAUGUUACCAUUGAAAAUGAUGAGCUUCUUCUAGGCGCAGAACUUGUAUCUCUUGGUGGAUUGUAUAGCAGACCAUAUUGGAAUCGCUUAUGGAUUUUGCAGGAAGUCCUUCUCGCUAAAGACCUGGUUAUUUGCUGGAGCAAUAAACAUAGUCCAGGACUGAGAACUGUGACUUGGGCAGAAUGGAGUCGAGCUAGACACCUUUUGGAAAACUUUGGGUCCUCACUUGCCUUGAGUUGGGAUAGAAAACUUAAGAUAAAAGUUAUCGAAGUUAUCCUAGAGAGUGCACCAGCAAAGUUGGACAGACUCCGAGAGACUGGCAAUCAAAGAUGGCCUUUCAAUUCAUUCCUGGAGAUGUUUCCUAGUUCCGAAUGCCGAGUCCAAGCCGACAAAAUAUAUGGUCUUCUAGGAAUAAUCAGUGACCCGGAACUCUGCAAUUUCCCUGUAGAUUAUGCUCGACCGUUGUUUGACACAUAUGUUAAAAUUAUUAACUGCUAUACUCAAACACGAUCAACAGAGUCACCAGCAGUCGACAUCAUAAGACUGAGUCAGAGUCUACAGCUCGCAUUGAAUGGUCCUAUCCCAGUCCCUGGAAUGGCGUUGAAGUGGUGUGAAAUAGAGCAAGGAAGCCAGGCAAAGUUGUUCAAUCACCGUGGUUAUGUGGAAGGCCUUGUUAUCGCGUCUAGUAUUGCGAGACGUGAUCUCCCCCAAAGAUUGGAAAUAGAAUUGCCAGGGACUAAAAGCACUCGGAAGAUUCUUUCAAGCAAAAUUAGAGACUUGGAUUCCUGUAGCAAGAGAAUACUGAAGGAUUUCGACAGUGUAUUUGGUUACGCCACGAGAGAAAAUCUAUCGCUGUGUGAUGUCGGAAAGUCUGCGACCAAAGAAACGUCGAUUAGAUUUGACAGGGUUUGCGAAACAAGGUUUUUUAUAUCAAGCACAGGAGAGAUUGGCAUUGCUUUAGCUGAAGUCCGGGACAACAAUUUCAUCUGUCGUUUGAAAGACACUCAUACCACACUUAUCAUUCGUCAAAGGCGCGACCGUUACCAAGUCAUUAGUAGAACGGUGUUGACAUCCUAUGCGGACACCAUUCCAAGAUUUGGAGGACACGCAGAAAAUGUUAAAGGCGACGCCCUCGAUUUCUGGCUUGAUCCAUUGACACUUCAGACACUGACGUGUCCAAUUGAGUCUAAGAGAGGAAUUCCAUACUAG